AUGGCGACAGCGUUUUUGAUGGGCGGCUACAACUUCGAGCCGGACUCUGAUAUCCCAGACUUAACAGGAAAAGUCGUUCUCGUCACCGGUGGAAAUGCCGGCCUUGGACUAGAGACGAUCCGACAGAUUGCAAAGCACAACCCUAGACAUAUCUAUCUCGCAGGACGCUCAAAGGAAAAGGGCGAGGCCGCAAUCGAAGCACUGAGGAAAGAAGGCUCUAGCAUCGCGCCAAUUUCUCAUCUGCCGCUUGAAUUGUCCUCAUUUGAAAGCAUCAAAGCCGCCGCUAAACAGUUCAAUGAGUCUUCUUCUCGGCUGGACCUUCUCGUCAAUAAUGCUGGAAUCAUGGCGACGCCGGAGGGCCUCACAAAGGAGGGUUACGAGAUCCAAUUUGGUACAAACCACAUGGGUCAUGCACUCUUUACUCAACUCCUGAUGCCUACCUUGAAGAAGACGGCGAACGAGAACCCUGACGUGAGGGUCGUGUUCCUCUCCUCGGGCGCGGAAGGCUGGGCUCCUAAAGACAUUUACCAGUUUGACAAGCUCAAGACCCAGAUGCCCGAAACCCCCAGUCGUUAUCGUUACGGCAUCUCAAAGGUGGCAAACAUUCACUACGCCGCUGCCCUCGCGGAGCGGCAUCCGGAGCUCAAGAUUGUCAGUGUGCACCCGGGUAUCGUCGACACAAAUCUGGCACAAUCCAUUAUCAACAAGUCCAACUUCGUUUUGGGCACGAUUGUGUACCUCGGCACUAAGAUCGUAGCCGUCAGUCCCCAGAAGGGUGCGCUCAACCAGCUCUGGGCAUCAUUCAGCCCAGACGUCAAGAGCGGCACCUUCUACUUCCCAGUUGGUGUCACCGGUAAAGGUACGAGAUUGAGCAAGAACAAGGACAAGAGGGAGGAGUUAUGGAAAUGGACCGAAGAAGAACUCCGGAGUCAUUUGUAG